UGGAAUAGUCAUAUGGCUCUGAAUAACAGCAAGCUCUGAUCAUGAGAGGAGACAACCUUCAAGCAACUAAGGUGCGUUUUACCUGCAGUCUCCUUGACUCAUCUUUAGCUGAUAAUUUUGGGGUAUCUUCAGUAUCUUGUAUUCAUCACUAGUUCCUGAAAAAGUCACCAUAAAGCUAGGAGCAGCAUCACUUCAGCUUGAACAAAGACUCACAGUGCAGAUGGAAAUCCUGGCACAUUGGUUUUAAAUCCAGCGAGUCAAAAGUUGUGGAUGGAUUUUAUAUGCUUUGACUUGAAUGAUUUCCUGAAAUCUUCUAGAUAUGUACUAUGAUCAAAGUCUAAUAUUUAAAAACUAACUCAUUUUAAACUGGACUAGUUUAUAUUAGAGGAUAAUUAUUUUUCUCAGAUAAAGAUGUACUUGCUUUCAAAAAAUUCUACAAACUCGGAUGGUAAAAUAAUGGUGCGAAGGUUCCUUGUAACCUUAAGGCCUUUUAGGUUAUUUGUGGCUGGGAUUGGAUUUUUCACCCUCUGUUUUAUAAUGACCUCACUUGGUGGACAAUUUUCAGGCAAGAGAUUGGGAGACUCGCCCUUUGGCAUCAGGCAAUUAGGCAUCAAACCAGAAGGAAUUGGACUGGAGUCCCGUGUGCUGAGGAAAAUGACAGAUAUGUUGGAAAUAAUAUUGAAGCGAAUGGAGCCCUUGGCUAAACUGGAAAAUGUGAGCGACUUCAGAAAGUUGGAGGAACUAAACUCUGCUUUAAAUCAUUUUCAGCAUGCUGGCUUACUGGAGAAGAUUCAAGCUAUUGCGCAGAACGUUUCAAACCUAACAACCAGAAUGGAGCAGUUUAUGCAAGCUAGCCUCGUGGCAGGAAGAGAAGUUCCUUUCUCUGGGAGAGCGAAGGGGAAAGAUAGUAGCCAGUGUGAGAUUCCCAAAGAUCCACGUUUUCCUGACUGUCUUGGAAAGAUUGAGUGGAUGAGAGCCAGGUGGACCUCUGACCCUUGCUAUGCUUAUUAUGGGGUUGACGGCACAGAUUGCUCCUUCCUUGAAUACCUCAGCGAAAGAGAGUGGUUUUGUCCUCCUUUACCAGGGAAGAAUCAAACAGCUGCACCUACCAGAACUGAAACAAAAGUACAGCAGCAGGCAUUUUAUCGGAAGGACUUUGCACAACUUCUCGAACUCAUGGGUAGUGGAAAGGAAUCUCUAAUAUUUAUGAAAAAGCGCAUCAGGAGGUUGUCAACACAAUGGAUUUUGGCUGCUCAGAACCUCAAUCAAAAACUUGAGAUGAGAAAGAGGCAACGGAAAAAGAUUUUGGUCCACCUGGGUUUCUUGACAGAGGAAGCAGGUGAUGUUUUCAGCCCCAUUGUAUCGAAGGGUGGUCCUUUGGGCGAGCUGGUUCAAUGGGCUGAUAUCUUGGCCACACUGUAUGUGUUGGGCCACAGCCUGAAAAUUUCAGCCACUUUAAGGGAGCUCCAGAGUUUCCUUGGUGUACCUCCUGGAAGAGGAAGUUGUCCUCUGACUGGACCAUUGACCUUUGACAUCAUUUACACAGACUAUCAUGGACUUCAACAAAUGAAACAGCACAUGGGCCUCUCCUUCAAAAAAUACAAAUGCCGGAUAAGGGUGAUUGAUACAUUUGGCACAGAGCCAGCUUACAAUUUUGAUGAUUAUGCAAAUCUUCGUGGAUAUCGAACAAACUGGGGCCACUGGAAUCUGAACCCAAAGCAGUACAUGACCAUGUUUCCACAUAGUCCUGACAACUCAUUUAUGGGUUUUGUUGCUGAGAUACUGAAUGAGACUGAAAAAGAGGCUAUUCAAUCAAGCAAGAUCAGCAACAUGGCAGUUGUCUAUGGAAAAGAUCCUAAUAUGUGGAAGGGAAAGGCAAAGUAUCUGGAAGUUAUUAGCAGAUACAUGGAGAUCCAUGGAACUGUUUACUAUGAGACGCACUGGCCACCAGAGAUGCCUGUUUUUGUCAAAAACCAUGGACUGCUGCCUCAACAUGAGCUACAGAGACUUCUAAGGAAAGCAAAGCUCUUCAUUGGGUUGGGGUUCCCGUAUGAAGGACCUGCUCCACUGGAAGCCAUUGCCAAUGGGUGUAUUUUCUUGCAGCCUCGCUUCAAUCCUCCUCACAACUCAAAGAACAAUGAAUUCUUCAGAGGAAAACCCACAUCAAGAGAGGUUUCAUCACAACAUCCAUAUACCGAGUAUUUCAUUGGGAAACCACAUGUCUGGACAGUCGACUACAACAAUACAGAAGAACUGGCAGCUGUUGUUAGAACUAUCUCAGUAACCAAGGUUGAACCUUAUCUUCCUUAUGAAUUUACUUGUGAAGGGAUGCUGGAACGUGUUCAUGCUUACAUCCAACACCAGGAUCUCUGUGAGACAGUAUUUCUGUCAUGGCCUCAGAAUUAUUCAAGACAUUUUUCAUCCUCACCUAAUAAUACAGGCCUAUUCAUCUUUCCUCAAAAUGUCACUGGGCUUUUCUGGUCUCCAAACACCAACAAACUGCUCACUUGGCCUCCUGUAAGCUCAAUGCAAUUACAAGUAUCAACGACAGCACAAUCUUGCACUGAAGCCUGUCAAGAGCAUGGACUCAUCUGUGAACCAACAUUCUUCCAGUUUGUUAACAAUAAAGUCGUCUUUGAGAGAUUUCGGUUCGUCUGUGACAGCAUUGAAUCUGAAGCUAACCAUCUCUAUCCUGCCUUUGAGGAAAUAGCUCAGGACUGUUACCUUCAGAAGCAGGUCCUGCUUUUCAGCUGCGCAGGUCACCAUCCAAAAUAUAGGAGGCUCUGCCCCUGCAGAGACUUUCGCAAGGAGCAAGUGGCACUCUGUAAAGGGUGUUUGUGAGGUUUCAAGUUGUUUAAAUAUGAAAACUGAGCAAAAUAAAGUUCAACUAUCCUGAUGGUGCAGAAGUUCAACAAAGCUUCUACAAAAUACAAAGAACACACCAUGUAGGUAUUUCUCCAUCAUUAAGAGAAAAUUGAAGACUAAAGAAAAUCUGCAAGAAUGCCAAUACACAGAUUGCUUUGUUGUGAAAAAGACAAGCUGAAUAUAAACAGCCAAUAUCCAAGCUGUGAAUAAUUUGGCAAUUUCUUUAUUAUGUGUUUGCUUUUGUUGCAUGCAGGUGAGAAGUUAAAGUGAACAUUUUAAACUUAAAUAUCGUUCUGAUUAAAUAAUGUUUCAGACCAAUCCUUUGGUCAUCAAUGAUUCAAAACAAAAAUCAAGAAUCAAGAAUCGUAGAGUUUGUUGAUGAAUCAUUUCGGUGAAGGUUCAACUGUAAUU